AUGCACGUUCCAGCUCCGGAGGGGCAUCCUUUCUCACAUGCUCUAGUUGUCAAAACAUCCGACAUGGAUCCGGAGGAUUUCCAAGAGCUACUGGCUGAUGCCUGGGCUAGGACACAAGCUCCCUCCGAUGAUAAAGAAGGAUCCCUUCCUGAAAUUUACAUUAAUGUCUCAGAGGCAUUUCCAAAUCAAUAA